UUAUUCGGAAAGUGGUAGAUAUCAAACGCAGAAAAGGUGCAUAUUAUAUAUGCACAACUGAUACAAAUUCUUAUUUCUAUGAAAAAAAUUUGUUCAAUGAACUUUCAAAAAAUAAGAACUUGUUUAACUUAAAUUAACUUUAUACGUUUAGAAAACAAAGAAAAUCAUGUUUUUUCUCUCUAUCACAUAUAUUGAAGCCCACAUUUAGAUCCGACUGAUGACAGUUCUUCACAGUUUCCGAUAAUGGCCGAGAAGAGAAAUUAUGACGAUAGCAGUGGGGAGAACGUAAACUGCAUCCUAGCAAAACAUCCAAAGAUAGAUGAAGACAUAGACCCUCUCUGUACUUCAGUAAAUAAUCAGGAUUUGUGUGGGCAUGAAAGUGGAAGUCUGGAUUCCGGAAACAAAAAAGAUCCGUUAUCAGAUUUAACAAAAGAUCAGUGUGUCGUUCUCUACACCUUGUUCUUAUGUAUGGUUAACAUGGGUAUAAUCAUGAUAGAUGACGAGGUUUCUAUGGGUGACAUUGAUUUCCGGAAGAUAGUGAAGGAGCUGGAGAACAAAGGACUGGUGGAGUCUUACAGUUAUGACCACAAAAAGUACAUCCCAUAUAGUAAACAAUCUAUGAUAAUAAAAUCCUACAGAGAAAACUGCCUGCUGGGUGAUAUAGACAAGGACUUCUUCAUACAGGUAGCCUCAGAUAAAUCCAUAGAAACAUAUGCUAAGAUGUACUGUCUUCAUGGAGAUGGAUCCCGAGAAUCUGAAGACAGCGGUCCUAUAACAACGAUGAGACUGAUUGUGGAGGGUCGCGGACACGGGUUACCCGACUCUGUAAAAGGUGAAGUUCCUGUAUGUCUCAUAGAUAACGAGAAGGAGUUUGAUAUGUUUGUAAAGUUUUGGUGCAAAGCAAGAGAUACAGAUCCUAUUACAUUGUCAGACCAAAUUCCUGAUGAAAAAAUUAAAAACUUUUAUUCUGCUUUUACCAUCCUUUCGGAAAUAAAAAAUGAAAUUAUGGAAAUGCAUUUGACAAAGAAAAAAUGGAGCAUAUUGAUAUCCACACUUAUAUCAGAGAAAUAUUCCGUUUGUGAAGAUAUUACGUACGAAAAAAGAAAAAAUAUUCAACAAACAUUCAAAGCAUUGCAAGAGGUUCAGGAGGAAAAAGCUGAAGAAGAUUUAGUGUUCCUAAAGGAACUGGAACUUCGUGAUGAAUUGUUAACUCUGGAUAAAGAGAACAAUAAAGUGUCCUUUGUAUCAGAAGAGGUCCGACAUCAGGUGAUGGGCUUCUUUGUUUUGAAUUGCUUACAAAGUAAAGAGAAUUACGAGGAUUAUCUAAAUCUUUCCUCACUGGACUCGCUUAUUGAAUAUGUGCGGCCGUUGGGAUACACACGACAGAGUACAGAACGAUGUAUGUACCUACCUAAAGGAACGGAAGAGGUAUUCGUAAGAAGAUUUGGUAUAGACGCCAUAUAUAAUGCAACACCGGGAUUUUAUCACUUAAAACACGCAAUACUUUCAGAACUAAAAUUACCGCCUGCUGUAUUAAAGAUGAGUAAAGGAACAAGGAACAAGUUUUGUAAUUUCGUCAAGGGAUUUGAUGAGGAACAUGAACAUCAUUAUUUGAAUCGAAGCAGUCUUUUAGGAUCAUUUUUAAUUGAAUUAAAUACGUCUCAAAAGAGAGAAUUUUUUAUAUUACCACUUUCAUCGUCUAAAAUGAGCAUACUUUGCACCAUCAUGCUGUCCGAAAAUUACACAAUUUGCUUGGACGAAAAAGUGAAAGACAAGAUUAAGAAAACUGUACAGGCAUUUAGAGUAUUCCACAGCAAUGCGACAGUGGAGGACGAUUUACUUAUUAAGGAAUUGGUAGAAAAUGAUAAAGUGUUAACGAGGAACAAUGCACUCAAUACUGUGCAAUUUGCAAUGGAUGAUGUCCGUCAUCAUGUUAUGAGUUACUUUGCCAGGACUUGCCUUGUCACAGAUGAAGAUUACAUAACCUACAUUAAAUUGUCUUCAGUGGACUCGUUAUUAGAGUAUAUAUGCGAAUGGGGAUAUGAAGAUGUUAAAGAGAAAAGAUGCUUACAUUUACCAAAGCGUAUUGAGAAUACGUAUGUCGAGAGACUUGAUGUACAUAUGUUAUGUCAUGUCAAUCCAAAGAUGAUUCGUCAAAACAUCAGAAAGCUGGUAUACAAAUUAAACAUACCAAAAGAAGUUCUAAAAUGGGACUACGAUGCUCGAUGCAGAUACGUAGCAUGCGCGAAGAAAGGAACUCAAACAAUGCAUAGAGCUCGUGCAAUGAUUGUUGGUUGUGCUGGAGCUGGAAAAACUACUCUUUUAAGGCGACUACAGCAGCGUAGUAUCCAGGAGUUACGACAAAUACAGUCGACCGUAGGACUGGAAGUGCAUGACAACUUAUUUGAAGUAGACAAAGAUCGAAAAUGUUUAAGAGGUCUGGAGGAAGAUGUUGAUACAGAAAAUAAGUGCCUACUGAGUGUUGUGGAUUUUGCUGGACAGUGUGCGUAUUACGCCUGUCAUCAGGUCUAUCUCAGCAGAAGAGCUUUUUAUCUUCUUGUUAUCGAUAUGUCAAAAAGGUUUGAUAAAAAAGUUGAUCAAGCAUUGUGUGAACAGGAAGGAACCAUGUUUGCAGACUGGACAUUCGGACAAUAUGUCAUUUUUUGGUUGAAAUCUAUCCAUACCUACUGCGAAGAUGAUACUCCAGUUGUAACCAUAGCAACCCAUUCUGACGAAGUGAAAAAUAUGGUUAACACAUCAAUAUAUGAUGAUUUGCUGGAGCUUUUGAAGAAUGAGCCUGAUCUGAGAAAACAUCUUGACCGAGAACGCUGCUUCCACAUUGGGUUUCCUAAGGAUGAUAACGAACCGUUGGAUAAGUUAACCGAUUUAGUGGAAUGUAUCGCUUCUAUCUCUUUGGAAGAUCGUUGGAGAGAGAAAAUUCCGAAGGAUUGGGCAUAUUGUGAAGUAGUUUUAAGACAGAAGAAACAAAGUGGGGAAAAAUGUAUUUCACUUUCAGACUUUAGAAAACAAGUUUCAAUAGAAAAAAAUGGAAAAGAAAAUAAGACAUUUGAUGUGCUCCAGUUUUAUCAUGACAUUGGGGUUAUUCUGUAUUACAACGAAGAUCACUUAAAACAUAGCACAAUAACAGAUGUGCAAUGGUUUGUCGACUGUUUUAAGUAUAUUAUAACAGAUCCAAAACAUGCCAGGGAUCUUGUUGAUAAUGACAAAGACUGGAAAAACUUUUUUGAAAGUGGCUAUUUAUCUAGAGAGCUAUUAAAAGGAAUUUGGAUGAAAAAAGACAUGGAACCAAUAAAAUGCAACACUACCUUGAAGUAUAUGCAACGACUGGGCUUGCUUGCUAAAGGUAAAAAAGCAUACUAUGUCCCUUGCAUGAACAAAUUAGACUUUGAAAAGAAACUGAAAGAUUAUAUAACAAAAUUGGAUCAAAAAACCUCUGUUUUAGUCUUCAAUUUCCGGUUCCUGCCAUAUUUCUUUUAUUUCCGUCUCAUUGUAGCCUGUAUAGUCAACACAAAGUGGACUGUUAUUGAAGACAAUGGACAAAAGUGUUUGUUUAAAAACAUCGCUUUAUUUAAGUUUGAAGAACACAUGAUAGGUGUAGCUGUUACUACAUCAACUAUUCAGGUUCAAAUAUUUAAACAAGGAAAUGGUCAUCUCAAAAAAGAGAUUACAAUGAAUAUUAAACAAACAAUAGAAGAUGUCCUGGAGAACUUGACUAAAAACUUUCACAAGAAAACUUUGUAUGAUAUCGGCUAUCAAUGUUCAAAGCAAGACAUACUUGAGGAAAAUGCAACGAGCUUUAUUCUGGAAAAAGAUUUGGUUGGUAGAGGCGAAUUCAGUUGUCCCAAUCAUGGGCUUAAAAAUCAUCAUGUAAUCAAUGAAAAUGAUCUGCUUCGCUUUUGGAGACAUGGCGAAGAGACAAGUCUUCAUGACAAAGAGGUGCAAAUACCAAAGACACUUUAUAGAAAUUUAAUUACUGAUUUGGUGAAUAACUAUCUUGAUAAGUCUGUGGAUAAUGAGCGUGUUUUCAGAACAUGGAAAGAACAUUUUAAAUCCCUAUACUCGGCACCAAGGUAUCACUCAACCACUGUUUAUGAAGAUUUCAAUACAUUGGAAAAGGAUGGAAAACUUUCAUUGAAUAAUUAUGAGAUCUUAAAGGAAAUACUAAAAAAUGUUGAUCACCGCGCCCUGCAAAGAAUUAAAGAGCACGAAGAAGAACUCAAGAGAACAUUGUGUAGACAAAAGUCAAUCUCGUUAUUUCGUAAUGUUCCGCAAAUGUUUAAGACUUUAAAAUCAUUUUCAUGCUUAUUAAAUUUUCAAUUUAAGUAAAAUCACAUUUUGUAAGUGCAGCAAGGUCAAAAAAUUGAUUAUGUGAAGCAAUUUGAAACUUUUUCUUAUAACUUUAAAGUGUCUUUUUAAAAAUACAAGUCAUUUAGUUCAUUUUGUUCCAUGCUUUAUUUCGAUAAAAAUAUUGGAGAGAAAACGUCGCAAAGGAAAUGUUUGAUUAAGACACAGACUUUAAUGCAAAAACGUCGUAUUAAAUGCAUUGUACUGGCAAAAGAAACAUAUUGACACCUAUUUUCGAUUUGAUUUGAUUUAGCUAUGUAUGUAAAAACUAAAAUACAUACUAGACAAAAAAGUUUCAGACUUUUAAUAUCAGGAGCCAACCUCGUUAAGAGAAUAUUAAAGCAGACGUACGUGUACAUUUGGUACUAACGAAUCAACUUCUUAAAGAUAUAUAUGCCGUAUUAGUUUUUUAUUGCUAAAGAAAUAAAUAUAUGUGGUGUCUCAGCAAGUUACAUAAGUUAUGUAAUUUCUGCAAUUAAGACAAUUCCACUCCAUCACUUUUAAAAGUUAUGAAAUAUUAUUUUGUAAAAAUUAUUUUCUCUCCGAGUCGGAUAUUAAACCGCCUCUUAUUUUUUUGAUCUUGUACAUUGUUUUUAAUUCAUGAGGAUCAGUUGUCCAUUCUAGAACAUAAGACAGAAGGGGCGAAUCUUUGCACAUGAAUAUACUCUGUAUUAAUAUUAAAUUGUAGUACUCGUGGCUAAAGAUAUUAGAAUUGAUUUUCAUUCAGUAUCAGGACAUAAAAAGAAGGAUAACUCAGUUAUAUUUUCAAGAAAAUUAAUGAGGUAUUAACUGUUACCUUCAUU